AUGUGGAUGAAUGGUAGAGGAGAAGGUGAAAAUGUCAAGUGCAUAUUAGAUAGGAGUAUAGCUACGGAGAGUUUUAUCAAUAGAUUCUCACCCAUAAAAAUUAAUCACCUUCCCCGCUAUGGUUCAGACCAUGUUACGAUAAGAAUCGAUUUGGAAGCUGAUAUAUUUGGUCAUGGGAGAAAAGAGAGGCAUCUCUUCAGGUUCGAAGAAGUUUGGAGCAGGGAACCUAGAUGCGAGGAAUAUGUGGCGCGGAUGUGGAACAAUGAUGCAGUUAGGGGACAUAGGAAGCUAGUUGUUAUGCAAGGCCUUGAUGAUCUUUUUCAAGAGUAUAGAAGAAGUAUUGUCAGCAAAGAUAUUGGAAGAAUAGAAGAGCUUAUGAAGGAUAAAUGCAUAUGGGAUGCGAAUUUGGAAGACAUCAAAGUGUAUCAGGCGCUUGAGAAUCAAAGGAAUAAUUUGCUGCAAGUUGAGGAGGUUAUUUUGAGAAAAAGGAGUAGGGUUCUUUGGCUUAAACAUGGUGACAAGAAUAAUCAUUUUUUUCAUGGGAAAGCUGAUCAAAAUAGAAAAAUAAACGCAAUCACGAAACUCAAAGAUGACAAUGGUGUUUGGUAG